GUGUAAUUAAAUCUUUUGUUUAUAAUACACCCUCCCUUCUAUAGUAUCUACACUCUCACUGAUCUGUUCAACUCCUGAUUAUUCGCCGGCGAUACUCCGGCCACCGGGACGGCAGAGUGAGCUGAAAGUGGAGAUAUGGAGAUAAUUAUACUUACAUUGAUUUUGGGCUUCUUGUUAGCUUUCCUUAUUUUAGUCCCCAGGCUGUUUAAAUCUGGCCAGAGUAAAGCAGUUAAGAUGGAUAAUAUUGUCAAGGCACCUAAAGCAUACACCAAAGCUGAAGUUUCUUCGCAUGACAAGAGGACAGAUUGUUGGAUCAUCAUCAAACAAAAGAUUUAUGAUGUCACAUCAUAUGUAGAAGAACACCCAGGGGGUGAUGCCAUUUUAGCACAUGCUGGUGAUGAUUCUACAGAAGGAUUUUAUGGGCCACAACAUGCAACAAGAGUCUUCGACAUGAUUGAGGACUUCUACAUUGGAGAUUUGCAGACGUGAUAUAGCAUAUUCCUUGUUUCUUUGUAAUUGCAGAAGUGAUCUAUCAUCUAUCCUGUUCCAUUAUGUCAUUAGUAAUCACAGUCCUGUCAUGUAACAGUUUUGUAUCGUAGUUGACAAAGUUGUAUAACAUCAUUAUUCAGUAUUGUUACAUACAUUUUUCAUCACAAAGAAUUGAAUUGAGCAUA